UCUACUACGACUUGAGAGGCGGAGGCAAAAGCUGCGUCUUCCUGCUUCGGUCACCGUGCUGGGCCCGAGCACGCGCUGCGGCCCCCGCCGGCAUUCCCACUCCCGUUUGGGCCCCGGCUGCAGCCUGCUGCUGCUGCCGGGGCCACGGGAGAAUGCGGCGCCUAGUGCGGGUGGCACUGCUUUGCCUCGGCUGCGGCUUGUGCUCGUUGCUUUACGCCUUCAGGCAACUGUCGCUGGAGCAGGAGGCGCCGCGGCGACGAGGAGACCCCGCUUUUCCCGUCCGGAGGCAGCUGAGUGAUGGCGGUGGCUGGAGGGCAGUGGCGGGAAGCGCAGGCCGCAGAGACCGGCGCCUGCUGUUGCCGUCGGAAAGGUGUAAGACUCUGUCUGUAUCUUACUGGAAUUCCUAUUGGAUGCUGCCCUCUGAUGUUUGUGGAAUGAACUGCUUUUGGGAAGCUGCUCGUAGAUAUGAUUCUGUGAAGGCUCUGUCUUCUGAGAAGAUGCACUUGGCAGUGGUAGCCUGUGGUGAAAGACUGGAAGAAACAGUUACUAUGUUGAAAUCAGCCAUUAUUUUCAGCAUCAAGCAUCUACAGUUUCAUAUUUUUGCAGAGGAUCCACUACAUAGGGACUUCCAAGUAAUGCUUGAUGGUUUGGCAUAUCAAGGAAAAUUUAAUUAUACUUUGUAUCCCAUUUCAUUUCCAACUGAAAAUGCAGUAGAAUGGAAGAAACUAUUUAAGCCCUGUGCUUCUCAAAGACUUUUCUUGCCUUUAAUUCUCAGAGAUGUGGACUCUUUGUUAUACGUUGAUACGGACAUCUUGUUCUUAAGACCUGUUGAUGAUAUUUGGUCUUUUCUGAAAAAGUUUAACUCUUCUCAAAUUGCUGCAAUGGCGCCAGAGCAUGAGGAGCCUCGAAUUGGAUGGUAUAAUCGCUUUGCUAGGCAUCCAUAUUAUGGAAAAACUGGAAUAAAUUCUGGAGUAAUGUUAAUGAAUAUGACUCGUAUAAGAAGAAAAUAUUUCAAGAAUGAUAUGACAACAGCACGAUUACGUUGGGAAGAAAUUCUUAUGCCGCUGUUAAAAAAAUACAAGCUGAAUAUAACAUGGGGUGAUCAGGAUCUUCUGAACAUCAUGUUUUUCCAUAAUCCAGAAAGCCUGUUUGUGUUUCCUUGCCAAUGGAACUACCGUCCUGAUCACUGCAUUUAUGGAAGCAAUUGUCAGCAGUCUGAAAAAGAAGGAAUAUUUAUCCUUCAUGGAAACAGGGGUGUUUAUCAUGAUGACAAACAACCAGCUUUUCGGGCUGUGUAUGAAGCAAUAAAAUAUUAUUCAUUUGGUGAUAACCUGGUACAUUCUUUGCUGCUACCCCUUGAACUGGAGCUACAAAAGACACAACAUACUUACUGUGGAAGAAUAUACAAAGUGUUCAUAAAGCAGCUAACGAAAAGCAUAAGGGACAUUUAUGAUAGAAGAUCAAAGGAAAGGUGAUCAUUGGAGGCUCUCCAAACUGCUGAAUUAACCAGCACAGAUGCAUGAGAGUAUCCAGUGCCUAAAGGAUAUUCAUGGAAGAAAUAGAAUAAUGCUCUAAUCAGUUGUGUCCAAAAAUGUCUCCCAGUGUGGGCAAAAUGAAGAUGCUGUACAUGCUGAAGAAUUUUCUGCAGGAGAGGAAAAACUGCAGAGAAUGUUGGACAGUCAGUUAGUACAGGUGUUCAACACAGUGAAUAAGAUAUUCAGUUUUCAAUUCAGGUUAAUUCUACAUAAUUCACAUCUUUGUAAACCUCAAAUGACUAAGAUAAAAUGAAGGUCUUUAUACUUCAGGUGUGACUUUAUACUUAAGUCAUUCCUAGUCUAAAAGCUUGCUGUACUGUGAAUGUAGCAGUAAUGGGGACAGCACUAACCUCACUUUAAAAAUGUGAGAACCAAUUGUUUACAAAUCUCAGAAGUUAUUCUGGUUUUAAAGGAAUGUGAUUUGUGUGCAGACAAUCUGUAUGUGCCUUUUAUGUCUUUUAUAUUUUGAAAUAUUUCGACAAUCAUGUUAUAUGGACAACCUGCACAAGUAAACCCCUGACUUCCACUCUAAAUAAGUAGUGGAAUUAAAUCUGUCCACCCACCCAAUAGUUAAUGAAGCAUUGCUAUGAACAAGAUGAUGGGAAUUUGAAGAGUUACAUAAGCAUGCUUCAGACCUGGUGUGUAGGAAUUAUUACUGUUUUUCUCUUUGAAUUCUGGACUUCCAUGGUUUUAACAUCUUGUCACUAUCAAAAUAAAUUUUCAUGGUGUUUGGGGAAAACAUAAGAUUCAGAGCCAUGUGAUUUAUUUAUGUGGUUCUUUGGUCCUGUCCAAAUUUUAACAUGAUUCAGUUAUAACGCCAAAAUACUCUUGCUGGAUUUUUUAAACUAUAAGGUGAAAUGUGACAUGUAUGCUUCUCAGUAUAGUUUUUAUUAAAUUUAAAUACAUUUG